AUGAAGGGCCUCCUCACCCUGGCUUGGUUCCUGGCUUGUAGUGUGCCUGCUGUGCCAGGGGGGUUGCUUGACCUGAAGUCCAUGAUCGAGAAGGUGACUGGACAGAACGCCCUGAAGAACUAUGGCUUCUACGGCUGUUACUGUGGCUGGGGUGGCCGAGGGACCCCCAAGGACAGCACUGAUUGGUGCUGUUGGAUGCAUGACCACUGUUACGGGCGGUUGGAGGAGGAAGGCUGUAGCAUACGGACACAGUCGUACAAGUACAGAUUUGCACAGGGCCUGGUCACCUGCGAACAUGGGGCCUUCUGUCCAGUGCAACUCUGCAAGUGUGACCGGAAGCUUGUCUACUGCCUGAAGAGAAAUUUGUGGAGCUACAACCCUCAUUACCGAUACUUCCCCAACAUCUUCUGCUCCUAG